AUGUUGGAGGCCAAGUGUUUGAAGAAAGCAGUGGUUCCUUCCACUCUGAUUGACGACCCAUCUCCCGGAAGCUUGCAGUGCACUCGCCUUGCUCUCCGUGUUGGCGAGGAUCGACGUUCUUGUGUUGUCUACAUAGCUUCCGGUCCCCACAUUUAUAAGCUCCACAUUGCUUUGGGAGAAUCUUUGGUCAGCGAAGGAAAAGAUAGCCUAUUGAUACCUGAACACACUGAGAUUAUUGCCUCUUCAUUACUCAACCGAUGCCCUCAUCGUUCAGAAAUUCAGAGUAUUGCUCUUGCUGAGGUUGAGAGCUGUGGCUAUGUAAUGUUGGGAAGUGUGGAUUCAUAUGGUCAUCUCAUUGUGUCUAAACUAGAUGGAUCUGGUGAAGAUGUUGAUAAGCUAACAUAUUCUGCAUUGCCUCAUGAUAAUGGUAUUGGGGAAGGAAGUUGGUCAGGACUCUGCUUUUGCCCAAAUCAAUGGUCUAUGACAGCUGUUGCCCGUAGCCUUUGCAAAACCGUGGAUAUUUUUGAUCAAGACAUCCACAUCCGCACAUUAAGACCGCUUUGGUACCCUACUUCGUUAAACUUCUUGCAAAAUGUAGUUAAUGGAAAUCAAAGUUCCACCUUAGCUAUUACGGAAGAAAGCCAGUUGUCAAUAUGGGAUCUGAGAAUGAAAGAAAAUGGUGGUUGUGUACAUCGGGUUUGUGGCGUCCCUGGUGAUAUCUUUUAUGCUGUUUGUGAUUCUUCCAGUGGCAAUGUUGCUGUAGGAGGAGCUGAUCGUACUGUGACUAUUUACGAUCCUCGCAGAUGGGCGGCAUUGUCUAGAUGGGUGCACUGUUCAAAAUAUGAGAUAACAGGACUGGCUUUCUCAACAAUAGACCCUGACUGUAUCUAUAUUCAAGGGGUUGAUUAUGAGGUCUUUUGUGGACAAUGGAAAGACAACACCAAAAUAUUUUCAUUUAGAGGAGAUUCAAAUUGGCUUGGCUUUAGUAAGUUUGGAAUACCUUUGGGUAAUCCCCAUAGAAAGGAUUCUUGGAAGCCUAUUCUCGGUAAAUUCUCUAAGAAACUGGCACCUUGGAAGCAUAGUCGGGUGAGGAAUAAAAUUGAGAAGAUACAAAAUGAGUUCUUGUGGGGAUGUGAAAUGAAAAUGAAAAAUACAUUGGAUAAUUGGAUGGGAGAAGGUGCUCUUGCAUCAAGUUAUCCAAGACUUUAUGCCAAUUCAGAACAACAACGGGAGGUUAUAGGAGGUAUGGGAAGGUGGGACGAUGAGGACACAUGGAUAUGGACGGAAAGUAAUUAUGGCAGAUUCCCAGUCAAAGCAACGUAUGAAGUGCUAGAUUUGCUAAGAUAUGGUGUGAGUAGGUACAACGUGGGUGAUACCACAAAAUGCGUUGAAACACUAUGCAAUUUUUUGUCAUAUGUAACUCUGAAGGAAGGAAAGAGAGAUCGGAUGGAUUUUGUGGGGAACAAUAAUGUGGAAGGAAAAUAUGGAUAUAUAGAAACAACUGUGUUAUCUGACCAAAGUUUUGAUCAUAACUUAAUCAUGAAGGACAUUACUUUCUACACAUGGAUGUGGAUCGUGGACAUAAUAGAAGGGAACAUGGCUGCAAUUGAUGGGGUGGAAACAGAAAUCAGCCUCCACAUCAUUUACCUUGCACAAUUAUUUUGUGCUCCGGCAAAGAUGUUUUGGCUGGCUGGUGUGAUUCAGGCAGCAUAUUUAUUGCUGAUGUUGCUAGUUAAAUCGAUCAAACAGAAAUUUAAGGCCCUGCAGUGCGAAUUGAAGUCUCUGACCAAUGUUGUGUGGUCCCAAGUUGAGUGCUUCAACUCCGGGAAUCUCUCAAAGGUCAUGGUCAAGGAGGUUGUUGCCAUAAGGAUGAUAAAUUUGAACCAUGCUCUAUUGUUGGGGAACUACAGGGAUGACUAG